CACGUUUUCCCUGCCAACUGCCACACAAUGCAGAGGAUGAUCGCAUCAGCAGCGGCGCGAGUGGGCGCGAAGUCGCGAACGUCUUUGGGGAGGUGCUGUCGGGCGGUCCAUGUCGAAGCGCACCUUGAAAGCAAAGGCAUCAAACUUCCCAAGGCAAUUGUACCACCUCAAGGGAGCUACGUCGUGGCCUACCAGACCGGCAAGACGUUGUACGUUUCGGGGCACAUCCCCAUGACUCCAGAAGGGGUCCUGUUAACGGGAACGGUGGGUGACAGCAUCACUGAGGAGGAGGGCGUGGCAGCUGCCCACUUGGUUGCUCUAAAUAUGCUUGCCACGUUGAAAUAUCAACUGGGUGAUCUCGAUCGAGUUGCACGUAUCGUGAAGCUGAACGGCUACGUGCAAUGCGUCGACGGCUACACAGGGCAGCCGACGAUCCUCAACGGGGCGAGCGACCUCUUGGCUGAGGCGUUCGGGGAGAAGGGGAUUCACGCAAGAUCAGCGGUGGGCAUGAGCUCGAUGCCACUCGACAUACCGGUAGAACUCGAGGCUAUAGUAGAAGUCGAGUAGUUGUCAGAAUCGUUGUGUACUUUGGAUAUGAGAGGGAGAAGAGGCUGAUGAUAUGCAUACCUCGAGGGUAAAGUGGAAAGCAAAAAAUAACACAAUAGUUGUUACCUGGAGACGGUACAAUAGAGCUAGCUGCCAAGGUCGACAAAACAUGAUUUGUGUCCUCCUCGUUUAGCAAUCUUAUGUAGUUUGCGAGAAAGGGUGUAGGAACGCUGCUGUCACACCAUGCUACCAAGCAGCGACGUAGCAGGUGCUUUAUGAAGCGAGAGAGAGGGUGCUUUCUGAAUCGACGGAGUCAACAGCCUUAUGUUCGGACCGCAUGGCUCUUUCCUCUUUUCUUUGUUGGACCGGUUGUCUUUGAAGACGGCUAUUUCCCGACAUGGGGUGUUCAAUUGUGUCGUGUACCGUAGUUUCAGGGUUGAACGAGAAAAGGCGAGGUCCUGGUUGGUUGCAGCUGGUAGUUGCCAUUUACACUAGGAUCUGCCCAUCUUUCUGAGGAGGGCGCUGGUAGAUAGAAUAUGGUGCUGAAAGACGACGCUGUUGUUGCACAUUGCGCUAGGAGUGCUCGAUCGAAUAACCAGCACGAGGCAUCAGUCCCCACCGUGUACACAUUACGUCGUCGGUGGUUGAAUCAUCUGCCGUCGACAAUGGUUAAGUGCUUUUUCAGAUAUGCACUCCUCCACAAAUCGUGGCUUUGGACAUCAAGAAUGAAGGUUGAUGAACCAGCGUUGCACUCUAUAUCGCUCGAAACGGGAGUGGGCAGAAAAACGCAACUCCAAACGCGGUGUGUUUCCUUUCAACCGAAACGCUGUUGUGUCAAGGGUUAGUCAGAUCUCCCUGGUGUCGAAGAACCGCAUUUUAAAGCGAGAUAGCAAAGCUUGGUAAAGCGCACUACAAUUCGUCGAGGGUGUGAGUGCGGGCGGCAAGGACCAGCGCAAAACCAACCCUCGCGUGGAGCGAUACGCGGCGGUGUUGCCAAUGUAGACCAGCGCUUGUACCUUGGUCUGUCGGUGGGUCGAAUGGGUCCUGAGCAAGGUGGGGCAAUGUUGCAAGUUGAUGAAAUAUUACAAGUCACAUUUUUCUACGUACGAGAGGCGCGUGUGAAUGGCAAAUGGCAAGUACACACAAAGGUUGCUUCUUGUUUUUCUUAAAUGCGAAGAACAUGUCGAUGGGGUACCG